AUGUUCUGUUUAAUUGAGAGAANNNAUUCUACUUAUGGAUUAUUUCAAUUUAUAUAAUCUGAUGAUUAUUUAGAUAAUACUGGAACCAUUAAAUUUUCAAACUUAAAUAUUCAAUAAACAAAUUUAAUAAAUUCUUAAAUAAUUAAUUAUUAGAUUUCAAAUCCUUUUGUCAUCUAUUUUGAAAAUAUCUCACUUAAUUUGAAUUUAACUAAUUCAUAAUUUUUUUCUAGCAAUAUAAUUUAUAAUUUUGGAAAUUUAAUAAUUCAUUAAUUAAAAAUAAUAGAUUCAAUAUUAAAAAACUCCUCCUAAUUGAUUUCGGGUGAAUUUUUGAAAUUAAUUGAAAUUAAUUCUAUAAUUUUAAACCAAAAUUAAUUUGAUUAUAGCAAUCUUAUAUUAUUGAACAAGAAUAUUACAGUUUAGAAUUUGAAAAUAGAAAAUUGUGUUUUAUUGAAUAGUAAUUUAAUACUAAAUCAUCUAGUAUAGAAAAGUAAUUCGGAUAUAUUUUAUUUAUUUUAAUUCAAGAAUUUCUCAUUAACCAAUAAUAGAUAUAAUUAAGAUGCAAAAUACAUGACUAUCUAUCGUUAUACAUCAACUUUCUCUAAUAUAAUAAUAGAAUAACUUAAAAUUGACAAUAAUACAUGCAUUGAUAAUUAAAAUUUAAAUUAAAAAAAAUAGUCAAGUGCUUUAAUAAUUUUAGAAAGCAAUGAGAUAGAACUUAAAAAUUUAGAAAUCUAUAAAUAAAGUGGAAUUCCUGAUUUCGCUAUAAUCAACUCAUAAAAUUUAAUCAUUAAUAAUUUAUACAUCACUUCUCACAGUGAUAAAUAUGAUUUGUUUUUAUAAAAAUAAUAAUCAAAAAUCAGGGACUUAGGAAUCAUUUUUCACAUUUAUUCUGUCAAAUAAGUUAGAUUUAAUAAUUUUUCUGUAAUUUCUCUAUUUAUUCAUAAAAAUCCAAUUAUCUAUUAUGAAUAAGCAACAAAAACUUUAAUUAAUUAAGAUGCUUAUAUUGAAGUAGUUAAUUCGCAUUUUCUGAAUAAUUUAUUAUUUUAAAAUGAUCAAUUUAAUACAAAUUUAUUUGAAAUUUUUUCAGAAUAAAAGGUAAUGAUAAAUUUUUUAAACACCACUUUUGAAAAUAAUAUCAUCUAUUUUUUGACUAAGGGCACAACUGUUUAAUCAACUAAUCUUAUAAAUAUUGAUUGUUUUGAAUGUUCUGUUUAAUUGAGAGAAUUAAAUUUUAAUGAUAAUAUUGCAAUUAAUACAACUUCUUCAAUAUUACUUAUUAAGGCAUAUGACUUAUAAAUUAUAGAAAGUAAUUUUGAAAAUAAUGGUUAAAUAACUAAUUAGGCCAUCGAAUUUUUUGAUCAUAUUUCAUUAGAGUAUGAUAAUAGGGUAUUUUAUUAAGGAUCUGGAAAUGGGAUAUUUCAAACUGAUUUUAUGUAUGUUAAUAAUAGUAAUUUCCAUAACUAAUAUGGUUCUAGAGGAGCAUCUUUAUCAUAUUCUCCUUUGAAUUAAGGAUUUUUAAAAAUUGAAAGUACUAAAAUUGAUACUUCCCAAAAUUAUUUUAGCUUAGAAAAAGAAGAAGGAGGAGCAAUUUAUAUAGGUUCUUCAACAGUAGAUGUAUAAUUGGAAUUUUUAAAUUGCUAGUUUUACAACAUAUAAAGUUUUUAAGGAGGAUUGUUAACGAUAGAUAGUCCACAACAUAGCAUUUAAAUUUUAUUCAAUAAUUCAAUUAUUCAAAAUUCAUUCUCUUUGUAUGGAUCUUUAGUUUAUGUGAAUUUUGAAGAAUUAUAUAUUGACUCUUCCUUUUUAUAACUUCAAGAUAUUUAGAUAUCAAACACCUUAGAAGGGUUUUCAAAAUUUUGUCAGUUGUUUUAUAAUAAUUAAAGUCAUAAAAUAUAAGAAAAAGAAUUAUUUUCAAAUUUAUAAAUUUUACUUUAUGAAAGAUCAAUGAUUUAUUCAAAAUUAGGAAAAAUAAGAAUGAAGAACAUUCAAAUGUCUGGAAUAAUUAAUGAAAUAAUUGUUUAAGAUUAAUAGAUAAGGUUGCUAUAAAUAAACUAAGUUACUAUUUAGAAUUCUUCAAUAUCAAAUUAAGGCUUAAUCAAUAUCUAACCUUAACAAAGUAUUAUUUCAAUUAUAAUUUUAGAUUAAAAUUUUAGCAUCAAUAUAAAUUCUUUUUUUGGUGAAAAUUUAUACAUUAAUACAAAUGAAACAUAACUAGAACUUCAAAAGUAUAAAAAACUAAUAAGAAAGAAUAUAUUUGGUAUUUUAAACAUAGUAAACAUUCAUAAAGAUGGAUAUAUGGAAUUUCGAAACAUAAAAUUUUAGAAUAAUAUAUGUUCUAAUUGUUAAGCUGGUUUGAUGAAUUUUUAAUUUAAAUCUUAUAGCAAGAAUAUUUUAAACAUUUAUGAUUUAAUUUUUUGGUAAAAUAAGUGUGGAAAAAGAGGAUGCUUAAACAUUAUUAAAGAUAAAAUUGAUUCCUCUUCCACAAAUGAUUUAGAUAAUUAAAGGUUGUUAGAAAGUAUAAAUUCAAAUAAUAAUUUGAGCUUUGUUUUUAACAUUUAAAAUUAUUAUUGCUAUAAUAAUUAAGGAACUUAUGGAGUUUGUUUAUUUGUUUAAAAUUUAGCUGGAUAGAUUAAUGAAGCUAUAUUUGCCUAAAACAAUGCGGAAAUUUCAGGAGGGGCAAUUUAUUCUUUUGGAAAUAAAUCAAAUCUUAUUUUAAUGAGAACUUAAGUGAUUGAAAAUGUUGCUUCUUAUGGAGGUGGUUUAUCAAUUUAAAAUCACUUUUUUCCAAAUUUAUUAUCUUAUGAAACUCUAUCUUUUGAAAACAAAGCUAUGUAUUAUGGAAAUGAUUAUGCAGAGUAUCCAACCCAUAUUGUAAUUUAGAUAAAUAAUUAUAACCAAUUUAAUUAUAAAUAAAAAUCAGUAAAAACAAAAGAAAAUACAAUUUAAAUCAUUACCGCUACAUAAAAUUAAUAAGAAUUGAACUCAAUUAUGUUACCUAGUGCACAACAUCUUAAUUUAUAUGAAUAAUUUGAUUGGAAGAAUAAUAAUUAUAUAAUGAUGAAUUAUACUUUAAGAUUAAUUCCUUAUGAUUAAAGAAAUGAUAGAAUAAAAAAUUUAACAAAUAGUAAAUGUUUUAUUAAAGGCAGAUUAUUUGAUUUUAAUAAAUUAGAAUAAAGUGAGUUGAAAGAAUUCCGAAAUAAUUUUACAAAUAAAAAUGAAGUUCUUUAUGAUAAUUAAAUUGAACAAUACAAUUUUGAUGAUCUUAUUAUAUAUUUUGAUCCUGAUUUGCCUGAUAACAUAGUAUUAUAAUUUGAAUUUAAAUGUGAUUCUAUUAGAAUACCUAUAAUUAAUGAUAAUUUAUCUUAAGAUACAAUAAUUGAUAAAUCAGAAGAAUUUUAUUUAAGACUAAAUAUUAAAACAUUGCCUUGUUAAAUAGGAGAAUUAAAAGAUGAGAAAGAUUUAUCAUGUCAUCCUUGUGAUUAUUCUUAAGACCUUUAUUCAGUAAACUUUAAUUCAGAAAGAUGUAGAAUUAGAGAUAAUAUUUAAAUGGAAUCAGUUAAAUCUGCAUAAAUUAAAUUAAGACCUGUAAUUAAUUAUAUAAUUGUUAGAGUUUUUGGAGACCAUAUUUUUAUGCUGAUUUGAUAGAAAAUUGUUAUAAUUUUUAAUUUAAUUGUUUGGGAGGAUGGAAUUAUGGUGAUAAAUCUUGUUCCCAAGGACAUAUUGGUGCUUUAUGUGAAUAAUGUGAUAUUUAUAAUACUAGAGGUGAAGGAUCUUAUUCUAUUAGCUCAAAAUUUAAAUGUGGUUCAUGUGAAGAUACAAAUGCAAAUACUUUAAUAAUAAUUGGUAUAUCAUUAUGGUAAAUAUUAAAUAAUAAUUAUUUAAUAGGACACUUAUUUCUAUUUCAAUCUCUGUUAAAAGUACUGUUGAUAUAAUUAAAUAAUUAGCCAGAGCAUCGAAAUUAAAAUCAAUUGGAAUUACAAUAGUAGUCACAAAAAAUAAUGCAGUUAAUCUAAUUAAGAUACUUACAAAUUAUCUAUAAAUUAUAUCAUCUAUUAGUACCUUUUAAUUGCAAUUACCUUAGAAUAUGGAAUCAGUUAUCAACUCUUUAGGAAAUCCAGUAGAAACUAUGGCUUAUUCUUUAGAUUGUUUUUUAAAGGAUAUUUUUUAAAAUAUUUUUAUUCAUUAUUCAAGAACCAUUUGGUAAUUAAUUAUGCCUAUUAUCUAUAUUCUUUUAUUUUUUUAAUUGUAUGGAGUAGGAGUCCUUAUCAAAUUUGUAGAUUUUAGUUUUUGUGUUAUUUCAACAACAUUAAUAUAUAUGUUCAUUUAUCUCUAACCUAAUAUCAUUGCUGGAUAAAUUGGAUUAUUAUCUUACAGAACCAUUUCAGGAUUUUAAUGGAUAUUAGGAAAUGNUUGAACAAUACAAUUUUGAUGAUCUUAUUAUAUAUUUUGAUCCUGAUUUGCCUGAUAACAUAGUAUUAUAAUUUGAAUUUAAAUGUGAUUCUAUUAGAAUACCUAUAAUUAAUGAUAAUUUAUCUUAAGAUACAAUAAUUGAUAAAUCAGAAGAAUUUUAUUUAAGACUAAAUAUUAAAACAUUGCCUUGUUAAAUAGGAGAAUUAAAAGAUGAGAAAGAUUUAUCAUGUCAUCCUUGUGAUUAUUCUUAAGACCUUUAUUCAGUAAACUUUAAUUCAGAAAGAUGUAGAAUUAGAGAUAAUAUUUAAAUGGAAUCAGUUAAAUCUGCAUAAAUUAAAUUAAGACCUGUAAUUAAUUAUAUAAUUGUUAGAGUUUUUGGAGACCAUAUUUUUAUGCUGAUUUGAUAGAAAAUUGUUAUAAUUUUUAAUUUAAUUGUUUGGGAGGAUGGAAUUAUGGUGAUAAAUCUUGUUCCCAAGGACAUAUUGGUGCUUUAUGUGAAUAAUGUGAUAUUUAUAAUACUAGAGGUGAAGGAUCUUAUUCUAUUAGCUCAAAAUUUAAAUGUGGUUCAUGUGAAGAUACAAAUGCAAAUACUUUAAUAAUAAUUGGUAUAUCAUUAUGGUAAAUAUUAAAUAAUAAUUAUUUAAUAGGACACUUAUUUCUAUUUCAAUCUCUGUUAAAAGUACUGUUGAUAUAAUUAAAUAAUUAGCCAGAGCAUCGAAAUUAAAAUCAAUUGGAAUUACAAUAGUAGUCACAAAAAAUAAUGCAGUUAAUCUAAUUAAGAUACUUACAAAUUAUCUAUAAAUUAUAUCAUCUAUUAGUACCUUUUAAUUGCAAUUACCUUAGAAUAUGGAAUCAGUUAUCAACUCUUUAGGAAAUCCAGUAGAAACUAUGGCUUAUUCUUUAGAUUGUUUUUUAAAGGAUAUUUUUUAAAAUAUUUUUAUUCAUUAUUCAAGAACCAUUUGGUAAUUAAUUAUGCCUAUUAUCUAUAUUCUUUUAUUUUUUUAAUUGUAUGGAGUAGGAGUCCUUAUCAAAUUUGUAGAUUUUAGUUUUUGUGUUAUUUCAACAACAUUAAUAUAUAUGUUCAUUUAUCUCUAACCUAAUAUCAUUGCUGGAUAAAUUGGAUUAUUAUCUUACAGAACCAUUUCAGGAUUUUAAUGGAUAUUAGGAAAUGUAGCAAACAGAUAUGAUACAUAAGAUCAUAUGAAAUGGUUGAUUUCAUAUAGUUUUCCUGUGUUAUUUACUUUUGGUGUUUUAAUCCCUGGCCUUUUAUUUAAUAGACUUUAUAAAAUAAAAGAUAAUUUAAACAUAAUGUAAAAUAGAUUGAUUUUGGGUUAUUUGUAUAAUGAAUACAAAGGAAGUGCCUAUUAUUGGGAAAUAAUAAAAAUUAUUUAAAAAGAGUUGAUUAUUAUUUUUCUCACUUUUUAUCAAGAUUAAAUUCUUGUUAAAGCAGUAUUAGUAUAUGGAAUAAUCUUUAUCUAUAAUUAUCUUACUUUAUAGAUAUUUCCAUAUUAAGCAAUGUAACUUAAUGUUUUAGAUCAUUAAUCAACUAGAAUUUGUGGUUUUUCAAUUGUUUUAGCUAUCGGAAUUUACGGAUCUUUAUAAAAUGGAAUUCUUGAGGUUUAGAUUCCAUUUUAUAUUAUUAUGACUAUAAUCAACUUUUUAUUUAUAGCUAAAUUAAUGCUUUUUAUAAUCAAAGCCUACUUUGAAAAAUUUGCAAUCGUUAUAGACAAAUUAAGAGAUUUUGUUAGAACCAAUUUUCCCUAACUUUAGCAAUAUCCUUUUUUGUAAAAGAUACUAAAAAAUUAAUAAUAAACAAGUCUUAGAGCUUAAAAGAAUUUUAGAAAAAUCAAAAUUGCUAUUAUUAUGAUUUCAAAAUAAAUAAUUCAAAAUAAAAAAACGAUGACCUAAUAAGAAAGAAAAGGAACUUUUAUUUUUGAUACCAAAAAAACAUUAAAUAUUUUUGAUUAAAUGCAAAACGAAUAACAUAAUAAAUAAUAAUAAGUAAUGAUAAGCAGUUGA